UCCAUACAUUCUUAAUCCAAAAGCACUCAAUAAUGACAAAUAACAUUGAUGAAAUUGAAGAUUUACCAACAAAUUAAGAACCACAAUUUCUUCAAACGUGUUGGUUAAGUAGACACCAAGUGUGUGUUUUGUUAAGAAAUGAAGCUCCAUUUCAAAGGCAUAAAAAGUCUGUAGAGAUAACAGGGUGAUUAUAAGAACACGUAGACGCAAUCCAAUCCAUCACUCGAAACCUAUGGCUUUGGUUGCUGCAUGAAACUCCUACAACCUUCACAUAAAAUCAAACCCCUUCUCCCCUCAAAUUCAAUCGAAAAACCGUUCCCAUUGAAUCUUUUCAGACGAUUUCCCACUCUUUAUAAGUUGGAUUGAUCGAUUUCAAGAAAAACCCCAACUCAAAAAGCUCGAAACCUUCAUCAAUGGCGUCCGCCACGAACACCAUUCUUUCUUCCAAUUUCUUUGGCUCAAACGUCUUGCUCUCAGCCCCAACACCCAAAACCCAGAAAUCGUUGAGAAAUAGGUUUGUAAUCCCUCAAUCAAUUUUAAGCAAAAAGCCCAAUUCUUCGAAAGAUUUCGAUUUUCAAUCGAAGGCCACUUUAGCUGCUUUACUCUUUUCUUCAAUUGCAGCACCACAAGCCCUAGCUGACACCAAUCCACCACCACCACCACAAGCCCCGCUUGAAGCUGAGUUGAUUAAACAAAACCCAUCAAACAGUUCGUUACCUUUUUCCCAAUCGAAUGUUCUAACUGCACCAAAACCCCAAGCCAAUUCGGACCUUCCUGAAGGUAGUCAAUGGAGAUACAGCGAAUUCUUGAAUGCCGUCAAGAAAGGGAAAGUUGAGAGGGUUAGGUUUAAUAAAGACGGUGGUGUGUUACAGCUCACCGCCGUGGACGGCCGUAGAGCCUCCGUGACUGUUCCAAAUGACCCUGAUCUUAUCGACAUCUUGGCAAUGAACGGUGUUGACAUAUCUGUGUCAGAAGGGGAAGCUAGUAAUGGCUUGUUUGGGUUCAUUGGUAACUUGUUGUUUCCACUGUUAGCUUUUGGCGGUUUGUUUUUCUUGUUCCGCCGAUCCCAAGGUGGCCCUGGAGGGCCGGGAGGGCUCGGUGGACCAAUGGAUUUUGGCAGGUCGAAAUCCAAGUUUCAGGAAGUUCCUGAAACCGGCGUCUCGUUUGCAGACGUAGCCGGAGCUGAUCAAGCCAAGUUAGAAUUACAAGAAGUUGUUGAUUUCUUGAAAAACCCUGAUAAGUAUACAGCUCUCGGAGCCAAGAUCCCAAAAGGGUGUCUUUUGGUUGGACCACCAGGAACCGGAAAGACCCUUUUAGCUCGAGCAGUGGCCGGAGAAGCCGGUGUGCCGUUUUUCUCAUGUGCCGCCUCUGAAUUCGUUGAAUUGUUUGUGGGUGUUGGUGCUUCUCGUGUUAGAGAUUUGUUUGAGAAGGCCAAAUCCAAAGCACCUUGCAUUGUGUUUAUAGAUGAGAUAGAUGCAGUUGGGAGGCAAAGAGGUGCAGGUCUUGGUGGUGGAAAUGAUGAAAGGGAACAAACCAUUAAUCAGUUGUUGACAGAAAUGGACGGUUUUUCCGGGAAUUCUGGUGUUAUUGUUUUGGCUGCCACUAACCGUCCGGAUGUUCUUGAUUCAGCGUUGUUGAGACCAGGGAGGUUCGAUAGGCAGGUGACUGUUGACCGGCCUGAUGUUGCUGGCAGAGUCAGGAUCCUUCAGGUGCACUCAAGGGGAAAGGCACUUGCAAAAGAUGUGGAUUUCGAUAAAAUCGCUAGGAGAACCCCAGGUUUCACCGGAGCUGAUUUACAAAACUUGAUGAACGAAGCCGCCAUUCUUGCCGCUAGACGUGAACUCAAGGAAAUAAGCAAGGACGAGAUAGCAGAUGCUCUCGAGAGAAUCAUUGCUGGACCAGAGAAGAAAAAUGCCGUCGUCUCUGAAGAGAAAAAGAAGCUCGUUGCUUAUCAUGAGGCCGGGCAUGCAUUAGUUGGUGCCCUCAUGCCAGAGUAUGAUCCUGUAGCAAAGAUAUCCAUCAUUCCUCGUGGUCAAGCCGGUGGUCUUACGUUUUUUGCACCAUCUGAAGAAAGGCUUGAGUCUGGUUUAUACAGCAGAAGCUACCUUGAAAAUCAAAUGGCAGUCGCACUCGGUGGAAGGGUUGCCGAAGAGGUUAUUUUUGGAAAAGACAAUGUGACGACAGGAGCGUCAAACGACUUCAUGCAAGUUUCUCGUGUCGCAAGGCAGAUGGUGGAGAGGUUCGGGUUCAGCAAGAAGAUCGGUCAAAUUGCGAUUGGUGGUGGUGGUGGUGGAAAUCCCUUCUUGGGACAGCAGAUGUCAUCCCAAAAAGAUUAUUCCAUGGCGACCGCCGAUAUAGUGGACGCUGAAGUGAGGGAACUUGUUGAAAAAGCAUACGAGAGGGCAACGAGCAUCAUUACAACACAAAUCGACAUCUUGCACAAGCUCGCUCAACUUCUUAUCGAGAAAGAAACAGUCGAUGGUGAAGAAUUCAUGAGCCUUUUCAUCGACGGCAAGGCUGAACUCUACAUUUCCUAGAUUCACAUUUCACACUUUCUAUGUAAACACAAGUUUGAUCAAAUUGAUGUACAUGUUUGAUUCCCCCACA